AUGGGCCGAGUGCGAACAAGCCUUUGGCACGCUGAAGAGGCUGAUGGGCAGGGGUUGAAGCCAUGCCUGGCCAAUGGAGACCUGUUUGACGCGUUUUGUCUAUACGCACAUAACGAGUACGACUUGGGCAUGUGGAUAAGGGAGCUUGCUGGCUUUUCAAAGCCUUAUUUUGACCAGUAUAUGAAGCAGAUGCCUCGCAGCGAGCCGGUGGAGCAAUGGGACGAUCGUAACCGCCUCUACUCGAAUCGAGUUCAACCUCUCCCACUCGAGCCACUUCCCUGGCGUGACAACAAGCAGGGAGCACAAGAUGUUAGAUACUUGGUUGAAAAGUAUAGUACCAAGGUGUAG